CGACGCUCGGGUGGGAGGUUUCUCCAACGGCGUCAGGUGGUUGGACGAGGUCGCUCUGGGCAGGAGAGGCUAUUUCGUGCCCUCCAGCACGCCCGCCUUGGUGCUCGAACCCGCCCACGCCCGUGAUCAGGACGUCUACACGUGCCGGGUCGAUUACCGCGUCUCGGCUUCCACGACAGCGAGGGUCAAUCUCACGGUGGUCGUCCCCCCUGGCCCUCCUGUGGUGAUCUGGGAAGGCAGAGAGCUGGUGGGGACUGUGGGACCCCUAAAGGAGAACCAGCUGACGGAACUUACAUGUAGGAGCGUGGGGGGCCGGCCCCCGCCUGCUCUCACCUGGUGGAGUGAAGGCAGGGAGCUGCCUCUUCUCUACGCUAAUUCCUCUCUUGAUCCUGUGACAGGAACGAGUGUGGCCGAAGCCAUCUUGUCAGUGACCGCCAAGAGAGAACUCCAGGGUGGCUCUUUGACCUGUCACGCCCGCACGCCCAAGCAUCUCAACGCCUCCGAGACUGCGACAGUUCCCCCUCGGAGUGUCUCAGUGACACUCAAUAUCACACUGUCCCCAGUGGAAGUGCGGAUAUUCGAACCGAACCCCAUAAUUGCGAUAUCAGGAUCCACCAUCAGCGUCGUCUGUCGCGCCCUAGGGUCGCACCCUCCUGCAGAUCUCUCCUGGUGGAGAGGUAUGACGUCGCUGGAGCCUCAUGUCACUCAAGCAAUACAAGACAGCGGUAACGUCACGACAGCCUCCCUGACCAUCGCUGUGACUCCCGAGGACGACGGAGCGACAGUCACCUGCACAGGUGUGAAUCCCUCCCUCUCCCACGAGCAGCCUCUGGCGGACAGGAGGAAGAUCAUUGUCUACUACGAGCCUAUCGUGGACCUCGCCCUCGGGAAGCCUCUGGAGGCCGACAACAUUAAGGAGAAGGACGACGUCUACUUCGAGUGUCACAUCAAAUCGAAUCCCAGAUUCCAUCGAAUUGAGUGGCAACAUAAUGGCCAGGAAAUCUUCCAGAACAUCAGCGCAGGAGUCGUCAUCAGUCAACAGUCGCUCGUCAUCAGGAGAGUCGUUAGGAGUCAUUCAGGGUCCUACACCUGCGUCGCCACCAAUGCUCAGGGCCGUACCGUCAGCAAUGCCUUUUUCCUGACAGUCCAAUAUGCCCCCAUAUGCGCUGGGUUAGCAGGUCAAGAAAGGAUCGAGGGGGCAGGUCGAGGGAUGGUGGUGAAAGCCAAGUGCAGAGUGGAAGCCCAGCCUUCUUCCAACUUGGUCUGGUCCUGGGUGCGGAAAAGGACCGACGGGAGUGAGGAGAUUCUGUUCCACGACAAUUACGUUGUCGAGGGACUGACGUCGACCCUGACAGUCGUACCUGAAAGGAGGGAGGACUACGGUCGUCUGCUCUGCAGGGCAACGAAUAAAGUAGGGCGUCAGAAGCAGCCAUGUAUCGUCAACCUUGUACCAGCUGGUCCCCCUGAUACACCUACUAAUUGCUCAGCCACGACUGUCAACCCUGACACUACUGAACCAGCCCUUGCUGUCAGCUGUCUGGAGGGUUUUGACGGAGGACUGCCUCAGAAUUUCUUGCUGGAGGCUUGGCAGGAUGGACUGGUCAUAGCAAAUAUCAGUAGUGAGUAUCCUGAGUGGGUGGUCAGCAGCGUGGAGGCAGGUAAAAGGGUAAUUCUAAACAUCGUGGGUCAUAACAUUCGUGGUCGGAGUGACCCUGUCACCAUGAAGGUUCAAACUAGCAGUGCCCAGCAUAGAGCGGCUUCAGUACAAGAAUCAGCUGCAGAGGUUUCUCCAAUCAUUGGUGCCGCUUUGGGAGUCAUGGGAGUGAUUCUGGUGUUGCUGUUGGUUGGGGUAGCUAUUGUUAGAAGGUUCUAUAGUUGUUCUAGAAAACCGGUUGCUGAGAAGACAUUGGCUUCCUCCUCUAUCGAAGGAUUAGACCCUGAUGUUGUGCAGUCUAUAAAACGUUUGGAUAUUGUCCCAUGUGUCCAAGAGGAACAUAGUAAGGAAGAAUUAGAUCCAAUGUUCACUAAUUCUGUGAACAUCCACCUUCCUGGGGACAGAGAGAAGACAAAGGAAACUCAUGAAAUUACUGAAGAAAGGAUUGGAAAUGCAGUUCUUUUGACUGGCAGGGUACAAACACAUUCGUCAGACUCACCCAGACGACAUCGACUGCAUGAUAUACUGAACCUAUCCCAUGAUCAAAGUGAAGACUCAGGAGUGUCUGAAUCAGAAUCUAACAAUGAAUUGAAGAUCCCUGGAGUGGAAGAAAGUUCACCAUCUACAUCAGGUUCUAAAGGUAAAUCAGCUCGACAUUAUAUUACUGUACCAAUAGAAAAUUCACCAGAAAAGGCAUCCUAUGGUGGAGACUCAGGAUGCAAGGAUUCAUCUUCCUUCAUAGAAAUGACUGCGAUUUGCUCCUCUUCAAAGCAUAUAUAUGAAACACCUGAGGGUGGUCAAUGUAGUUCAAGGAUGCCCCAUGAAGGCAUACCUUUAACCUUUUCUUUGCACGAUAUGCCUUUGGAACCCUUCUCCAGAGAAGUACAUUUAGGAUUAAUCAAGAGAGGGCCUCCAGAUGGGGGUGAAAGGGCAUCAUCAGUUGAGUUAAUUUGCCAUGCUGCUUCACCAGCAGAGGUCUUUAGUCCAGUAACUAACAAAGACAGGAUGCCUCCCAAGAAGAAAAAUGUGCAUCUCUUUCUACAAGGCGAACCAGUACUGGAGUCAGAGACUCCAAACAGAGAUCCAGCCAGAAUUCUUAGCUUAGACAGGAAUGAGAUUGGUGCACCUGUAACGUUAUACAGAACAGACAAUGGGGAGCUUUUUUUACUGCCUAGAAAACCUGAUUAUGAAGGAAUUGUGGUGCAGUUGACUACAACUCCAUUUUGCGCAAUAACAACUCUACCAAAGGCCACUGGCAGUAGAGGCAAAGCCAGUAUAGAAAUCAGAACCAAAGAAAAGGAUUCUAGCCAAAAGUUACCUACUGGUGCAUCUGCAAAUAAAAGUCACAGUGCAAAGCAGAUUGGUCGAAGAGAUAAUAAUCCUUCAAUGCAUCCUGACGUGUGCCGAAGAGAGAAUUCAGUGUAGUACAAGUCCUGAGCUCAAAGUUAAGUACCUUCUAGCUUACAAGGCCCUUUAGGUUUAAAUCGAAGAGAAAAGCCUUCAUUUUCCGUUUUAGCACAUUGUAUUUCAUGAACUCUCAGGUAUCGUUUAAGUCCUAAGUGAUAAAAACUUGGAAAUUAUACAAAAUAAAAUAACAAACUACUUAUUUGAACUUAAUUUUUGGGAUAUUGUGUUAUAAUCUCACUCAGGGCAGGUGGCAAUGACCAAUUUAGGCUUUUCAGAAAAGCUUAACUGAUAGCACUCACUAUAGAUUUUUCAAACAUUCAUCCUGAAGUACUCAACGACAGUAUAUAUUUUCUUCAUAUAGAAUUCUUUGUUAACUUCCUCUGGGUGAGAAACACUCCAUCAGAUUUCUUGCACAAUGACUAUUCUCUAUGACUUUCAAGAGGCGUAUACGUGAAGUCUAUAUUUUUACGUGUAUUAUCUGCAUAUUGCAGAAAACUUUGUACUAUGCAUACUAUGCAUGAAUCAUGUCGCCAAUAUAGCCUUUUGUUAAAGACA